AUGGCGUUCCGCAGCAGCAUCCGUGGGACCCGAGAAGCCACUCACCGCCACACUUUCAAAGCCGCUCUCUCCGAAUUCAUCUCCACACUCAUCUUCGUUUUUGCCAGCUCCGGCUCCACCAUCGCCGUCAAAAACCUCCCCGUCGACGCGCCCUCCGCUCUCGUCAUCGUUGCCGUUGCCAACGCCUUCGCCCUCUUCGUCGCCGUCUCCGUCAGCACAAACGUCUCCGGCGGCCACGUCAACCCCGCCGUCACCUUCGGCGCCUUCAUCGGCGGCAACCUCACCUUGCUCCGCUGCAUUCUCUUCUGGAUCGCUCAGAUCCUCGGCUCCAUCUUCGCAUGCUUGCUCCUCAAAUUCACCAUCGGCGGACAGGGAGUACCAGUUUUUGAACUUUCGAGUGGUGUGAAAGAGGGAAAGGCGGUGGUUUUGGAGAUGGUGAUGACGUUUGGACUGGUGUACGCGGUGCAUGCUACCACCGUUGACCCCAGGAGCAGAAAGAAUAGUUUGGGAGCGAUAGCGCCACUUGUAAUUGGCUUCAUUUUUGGAGCAAAUGUUUUGGUGGCUGGGCCUUUGGAUGGGGCCUCCAUGAACCCGGCUGCGUCUUUUGGGCCUGCACUGGUGGGCUGGAGCUGGAAAAACCAUUGGGUUUACUGGGUUGGGCCUCUCGUGGGCGGUGGGCUUGCUGGGUUUCUUUAUGAGUUGGUUUUUGUUAGCUUCACCAGUCAGAGUUAA